CAGACCCCCUCCCCGUCCCCACUGCCUUCUCCUCGUCUGAUCCACCAGGAGCUAGGAUUCACUGCCGGGCGCCUCGUCAGCAAUACCAACAACUGGACGCAUGCAUUAGUUAAAUACCACUUGGGCUUGACAUUUUUUCCUUUUCUUUUUUCUUUGAAUUAAAGAGAAGGGGAUUUUCACUUCUGAGAUCUGUGUGUGCAACCAAGGUCUUCUAUUACCUCUCUCUGGUGCUAAGCGUCCAACAUGGGGAUAAAGGCAGCUCUUCCAAAAUAUGAGUUGUAUUUCUACACACUGGUGCUCUCCCUUGCAGGUCUCUGGGCAGCAAGUUGGAUCUUUGAAGCAUCUAGUGCGAAUGUGAACAGGAAGGCCUUUAAGGAGAGCGUCAAGCCAGGAUGGCAUUACUUUGGUCGUAAAAUGGACGUAGCUGACUUCGAGUGGGUCAUGUGGUUUACAAAGUUCAGGAACCACAUUGUCUUUGCCCUGUCCGGUCACGUGAUCUUCGCAAAGAUCUGCUCAAUGGCGGCACCUCAGUGGCCCCUAAUACCAUGUCCCUGGCCUGCGUUGCUCAGUGCCUCUGAUUGGUUUGUUUUUCAGUCUGGCUUCGUGACUGGGAGUUUCGCUCUUCAAGAUGUUUUGUUUUAUGGAGGAAGUGGUUUCACCAUCAUGCGCUGCAUGAGCUUUGCCUUGGAGAACUAUGAGAAGAAGGAUGGGAAUUACUCCUUCUUGGAGCUGCUCAAGUACAACUUCUACCUGCCCUUCUUCUUCUUCGGACCCAUCAUGACGUUCGAUAGGUUCCAUGCGCAGGUCAAUACUCCUGACUUGACUCGUAAAGAGCGUGAGAUGUGGAACAUCCGGAUCCAGGCGGUGCUGCACUUGGCUGCCAUUGUUGUGGUGGACGUGCUUUUCCAUUUCCUCUACAUUCUGACCAUACCUUCUGACAUGAAGCUAGUGAGACAGAUAUCGGACUGGUCGCUAGCGGGCCUGGCCUACUCUAACCUGGUGUAUGAUUGGGUGAAAGCAGCAGUCAUGUUUGGGGUCAUCAAUACCGUGUCACGCCUGGACCACCUGGACCCCCCACAGCCCCCCAAGUGCAUCACCAUGCUUUAUGUCUUCGCAGAAACGCAUUUUGACAGGGGGAUCAAUGACUGGCUGUGCAAGUAUGUUUACGACUACCUUGGUGGUAACCAUGACAACAUUUUGAAAGAACUGCUGGCCACCAUUUGCACCUUUGCCGUGACGACUCUGUGGCUCGGCCCCUGCCACGUGGUUUACAUCUGGUCUUUCUGCAACUGCUUCGGCCUCAACUUCGAACUGUGGGUGGCGAAGUUCUUCAAGCUCGAGCCGUUUGCUUCGAUGGAGGCGAAGAUGUCUGAAGCCAUGUCUCGCAGGAUCAGGGGCGUUUUUAAUGCAGCUAAUUUCUGGACCAUCAUCCUGUACAAUGUCCUGGCUUUGAACAGCCUGGACUUUGCAAACCUGGUUUUUAAGAGGUUGAUCAUUACAGGUUUUCCCCUGUCCACUCUAUCAGUCCUGUUUGUUACAUACUGUGGAGUCCAGCUGAUAAAGGAGCGAGAGAGAAGACUGGCCCUGGAGGAAGAAGAAGCCAAAAAGGAAAAAAAGGAAUAAGAAGAUCAGUCCAGUUUACUCUGAGCACUGAGUCCCUUUCCACUGUACAGGAGUAAAGAAAAAAAAACAACCUC